AUGUUGAACUCGUUAGUAUCUUUUGUUUCGUAGCAUUUUACUUUGCAGGAUGAAAAUCGUUGAAUACUUAAUCUUAUGUCUUUUCUAUUUGCUUUUCCAGCUUCUGGGGCAAAUUUGGUGAAAAACGAAACAAGACUCAAACCUUUACCGUCACAAGUCCUGCAGAGCUAUAUGCAAUAAUAGAAGAUGUUGGUAACAACGUUCACGACAUACGAAUUUGCACUGAUGAUAUAGUAGAAAUUGAUGUCAGUAAAGCUGUAGAAGAGGUCAUUCCAAGCAAUAAAACCAACAUUUUUAUCGCAAGUUUCACCACGUCAUGGGCUCGCUUAGAGUUGUACAAGUAUUUACAGCUGCUGAAAGAGCAGGUCCUAUACUUUGAUACAGACAGCAUCAUUUAUCUUUGGCGUAACGGUUUACCCGAAGUGGAGACAGGCCCGUUUUUGGGUCAGAUGAAAGACGAAACCGCUGGCGUACCCAUACAGGAGUUUGCGACAGGGGGUCCAAAAAUUACACUUACAUGCUACAAAAUGGUGAAACAGAAUGCAAAAUACGAGGUUUUACUCAGGAUGAGCAGGGCAGCGCUCUGUUGA